UGCUCCAUUAAUACAAUGUUCAAUAUUUGCCACCAAAAUGUUCAUAUGAUUAUACUAUAAAUAGAGGCGAAAGUUUUCACUAGUUUCCUCAAGCAAAAAAAGAAAUUAUGGGAUCAAAGACAUUUAUGGUUCUAGCCAUUUCUUUGGCUAUUUUUGUAAUAACAUCAGAGGUUGCAGCUAGGGAGUUAGCUGGCAGCUCCAACGCAAUGGUAUUCGAGAAGACAAAUGCGGAAAAUGACGCAAAACUUGUAGGAGGCGGAUUUCCAGGAUUCGGAGGAGGCGGAUUUCCAGGAUUCGGAGGAGGCAGGUUUGGUGGAUAUCGUGGAGGAGGAUAUGGAGUAUAUCCUGGUGGUGGCUAUGGUGGAUAUCCCGGUGGUAGCGGCGGUGGAUACUAUGGAGGUUAUCCAGGAAGAGGAUAUGGGGGAUUUCCUGGUGGNAUAUAUAUAUAUGAAGAAUGUUCAGGGUGGCUAUUUAUACAAUGUGUGUUUAGUAAUAGUUUUUUUUGUUGUUGA